AUGAGACCCACGACGAGCUUACUCGCUACCUUUGCCCUGGGACUCCCCGUCCUCGGCCUUGCCGGCGGUGACAAAGGUCACGGCGUCACCUCCAAGAAGCUCCAGAAGCACAUCACGCUGGACAACCUCUUGGCCGGAUCCCAGAAGCUGCAAGAUUUCGCCGACGCCCACGGCGGCAACCGCGUCUUCGGCAGCGGCGGCCACAACGCCACCGUCGACUGGCUCUACGACACCCUCAGCGCGCUGGGGUACUACGACGUCGUCAAGCAGCCCUUUAGCGAAAUCUUCUUCGAGGGCCACUCCGCCAUCACCGUCGACGGCGCCGCUCUCGAGAACACCGUCAUGACGUAUACCCCCGGCGGCUCCGUCAGCGCCCAGCUCGUCUACGCCCCGGCCGCCGGUGCCAAGGCCGCCGGCGCCGCGGCCGUCAUCGUCUACAACAACGUCGAGGGGAGCUUGGCGGGUACGCUGGGUGAUCCCUUUGGCGAGUACUUGCCCAUCGUGGGGAUUAGCCAGGCGGAUGGCCAGGCUUUGAUCGCGGCGCUCGAGGCGGGUGAGGUGGCGGUCGAUUUUGAGCUCGACGCGACGGUGGAGGACCGCGUCAACUUUAACGUCAUUGCCGAGACCAAGGGCGGAGACCACGACAACGUGCUGAUUCUCGGUGGUCAUUCCGAUUCCGUGGUCGCGGGUCCCGGUAUCAAUGAUGAUGGCUCCGGAACUGUCGGUGUCCUCAACGUGGCCGUUGCUCUGGCCAACUUCCGCAUCAACAACGCCGUCCGCUUCGCGUUCUGGGGCGCGGAAGAGUACGGCAAGCUCGGCUCCUACCACUACGUCAAGCAGCUCAACACCUCCGCUACCGAGCUCGCCAAGAUCCGAGCUUACCUCAACUUCGACAUGAUUGCCAGCCCCAACUACAUCCUCGGCAUCUACGACGGCAACGGCGACGCCUUCAACCUCACCGGCCCCGCCGGCUCCGACGUCAUCGAGCGCGACUUCGAGGAUUUCUUCGACAGCAACGGCGCCGGCCACGUCCCCACCGAGUUCAGCGGCCGCUCUGAUUACGCCGCCUUCAUCGAGAACGGCAUUCCCUCGGGCGGCCUCUUCACCGGCGCCGAGGGCGUCAAGACCGAGGCCGAGGCCGCGCUGUUUGGCGGCGAGGCCGGCGUCGCCUACGACAUCAACUACCACCAGGCUGGCGACGACAUCAACAACCUCGCCCACGAUGCGUACCUCCUCAACGCGCGCAGCAUCGCCAACUCGGUCGCCAAGUACGCGACGAGCUUCGACUCCCUGCCCGCCGUCAACCUUGCGAAGCGUGGGUGGGCCGCGCACCGCGCGCGCUUUGUCAAGAGGGAAGAUGGCGCGGGGCACGGGCAUUCUCAUGCGCAUACGGGUCCUUGCGGCGGCGGUGUGCCGGUAUAA